UCAACAUUUUUAGGCUGUCCAACAUCGACCAGUCCGUUGAAUCUACGCAGCAAUAUUAAAGGGGCGGAGUACUCGAAUCUCGCCAAUAUAUCGCCGUCGACAUAGCUAAACCCUAAACCUCAUCCUUGCAUUCUCACAUUCCAGUAAAGUUCCGGCAGAUCACUAGCCGGAACCGUAUACUGACACCCUCGGCGCCGGUCUUCUCCGCGAGUGAUCCCGGGAAAUUCAAAAUUCCCGGCGGAGAAAACAAUGUCGCUAUCUUUUAGCUUUUCAGCCGGCAUUUCUCCGGCACCCACCGGAAUCCUAUCGAAGGGGCUCGUUUGGAAUCCUUCUCCCAUCUUUGACUCCCGGAGAAGAGUAUCCGAUGUCGUCAAGGCUCAAUCAAGCAAAAUGUCGGUCACCAAUGACGUGGCUGGGACGGUGCCCUUGGUUCUAACGCCGGUGGUUCCGGUGACCAUGGAUCCUCCUGCUGAGCUGACGGAGAAUGCUUCGCAGAGGACGAAGCUAGUUUGCACAAUUGGUCCGGCCACGUGCGGUUACAGCGAGCUCAAGGCACUCGCCGCCAGUGGAAUGAAUGUUGCUCGUUUAAACAUGUGUCACGGCACUCACGAGUGGCACCGGAGCGUGAUCGAGAGUGUUAAGAGGCUUAACGAGGAGAUGGGCUUAGCCAUUGCCAUCAUGUUGGAUACAGAGGGCAGUGAGAUUCACAUGGAUGAUCUCGGUGGUGCUACGUCAAUUAAGGCCGAGGAUGGUGAUAUAUGGACCUUCACUGUGAGAUCCUGUACUUCAUCUUUGCCGGAAUAUACUGUCACUGUGAAUUAUGAUGGCUUCUCAGAAGAUGUUAAAAUUGGUGAUGAAAUUGUUGUGGAUGGUGGAAUGGCGGGGUUUGAGGUGGUUGAAAAGAUUGGUCCAGAUGUAAAAUGCCGUUGCAUUGAUCCUGGAUUGUUGUUACCAUGUGCCAAUCUUACUAUCUGGAGGGAAGGUAGACUUGUUCAAGAGCGUAAUGCUAUGCUCCCUACAAUUUCUUCCAAAGAUUGGCUUGACAUAGAUUUUGGGAUCAGAGAAGGGGUUGACUUCAUUGCAGUCUCAUUUGUGAGAAAUGCUGAUGCAGUCAAUGAUUUGAAGAGUUAUGUUGCUGCACACUCUGACAAGAACAAUGUUGCUGUAAUUGCAAAGAUAGAGAGUGUUGACUCUUUGAAGAAUCUACAAGAUAUCAUUCAGGCAUCUGAUGGAGUUAUGGUAGCCCGAGGAGAUCUUGGUGCUCAAAUACCAUUGGAGCAAGUGCCAUCAGUGCAAAAGGAGAUUGUUGAUCUUUGCAAAGGGCUGAACAAGCCUGUCAUUGUUGCUUCACAGUUGCUUGAAUCGAUGAUUGAAUACCCUAUACCCACCCGAGCUGAAGUUGCAGAUGUUUCUGAAGCAGUAAAGCAAAAGGCUGAUGCUCUGAUGCUUUCUGGUGAAUCAGCCAUGGGUCAAUAUCCUAUGAAGGCAUUAUCUGUGCUGAAGAGUGUCAGUUUGAGAAUUGAGAAAUGGUUGAGAGAGGAAAAGUCACAGGAGCCUGCUGAACUACUUUACCAUGCUCAUCUCUUGCCUGGUGGCAUCCAAGAGGAGUUAUGCAAUGCUGCUGUAAAUAUGGCCAACAGCUUGGAAGCGGAUGCACUGGUUGUUUUCACAAGGACGGGUAAAAUGGCAUCUCUCCUGUCCCGUGGGCGACCAAACUGCCCAAUCUUUGCCUUCACUCAAUCAGCACCUGUCCAAAGAUGUCUGAACCUGCACUGGGGUGUAACACCUCUGAAGCUUGCACUAUCAGGCAAUCUGGAGAAAGAUUUAAGUAGGGCUCUUGUUUUUCUGAGGGAUAGCGGGAUGAUCAAAUCAGGUGAUACCGUUGUUACCAUGUCAGCUGCAUUGCAGUCAAUCCAAGUUGUGUCAGCCCCAUGACAAAUAUCUGGAUAUAUCAUGCUUUUGUUUCCACAUGUUGAUUUUUUCUGUCAGAGACAAGUAGUAGUACUAUUGUACUAAGUUUGCAGUUUCCUAGGGUUGUUCUUGCUUGGUUUUUGUCGUAGUUUGUUAUUUACCACAGAAAGUAUUGUAUAUCAGAGGCUUUUCAUUACAUUUUUAAUAUUGAUUCUUGACUAGCAAGCAAUAUCUUUUUUAAAGCUA